UUAAAAAUACUCUUUUUUUUUUCUCUUCUUCCGAAGAUCGCGAGAACGUAUGAAUUUUUUUCUAUCGACGACGAAAACAUUUCUCUCAUCAUCGACAUUUGCAAAUUAUAUCGAACGGACUCUAUAAUUUUAUUAUAUCCCGAUUCGAUAAAAGACAUGGAAAUGACAACGACGACGUUCAAAUUGACGCGUGCACUUUCUCGCGAAGGUUUUACGACCACUAGCUUUUAUUUUUCGAGAUUGAACGAAUCGUCGUAUUAUGUAAAUCAAGUCGUACGACCACAUUACAUCGCGAUUAUAUCCAAUUACGAUGCCAUUAACGAGUUCUCUUUAGUAACGAGAACGUUUGAUAUGUCCUUUGGUGUCUGGUUAGUAUUGUUUACCAACAAGGCAAAUGAUCACGUUUAUUGUCACAAUCCACCAUAUAACAUAUUUCAUUUGAAAUUCAAUACGGAAAUGUUGGUACGUUGCGGUACAGAAAAUAUUUUACGAGAGUGGUAUUCGAUCGAUUCGAAUGAAACUCAGAUCGAUGAUUUAGCAACUUGGAAUUUAGAGAAUGGAAUCAUUAAAAUGGUUCCAGAAUCUCUUUACGAGAGAAGAUAUAAUAUGAAGGGUUACACAUUGAGAGUCAUUAUUGUUAAGUCAUCGGAUUUUCUAUUUGUAAACAAAGCUGGCAAAUUAGAGGGUUUGUUAAGACGAUUGUUAAAAGAACUUCGUCUUACUUUAAAUUUUAAUUUCAAUAUCAUUGCCGAGGUAAAAACAUUCGGAAGAUGGAAUCCAAAAGAAAAUAUUUGGUCCGGAGCAAUUGGGGAAUUAAAUUCUGGACAUGCCGAUAUUUGUUUUUCUGGAUUUUCCAUGACAAAUGCCAGAUUGAAUGCCGUUGACUUCACUUUUCCACUUUUGCUCUCGAAAAAUUAUCUUUACAUACAGGAACCACACAUAUUCUCGAUUAAAUGGUCAUCUUAUUUUCUGACCUUCUCUAAUUCUAUUUGGAUUGCUAUAUUUGGAAUAUUGGUUGUAACAACGAUAUUAUUGAUUCUGUUUAAAAUAAAAAUUGGAACUAAUCGUGACACUGGAUAUUUAUUUUACGACAAUUUUCUGGAUAUAUGGGGUAUAUUUUGUCAACAGGGAUUAACAGACUUUCCAAAUAGAUCAUCGUUAAAAAUAGCAUACUUCUCUUUAUAUAUUUUGGCUGUUGUAUUAUCGGCCGCUUAUUCUGCCUCUUUGAUAAGCUAUUUGACGUCCGGUAUUCGCAAAUUACCCUUUCGAUCAUUAGAGAGCUUCGUUGAAGAUGGUACUUAUCAACUUUCAGUACCUUAUGAAUCGGCUGAAUAUGAUUUAUUUGCAAAUUCGGCAGAUCCGCUUGCAAAGAAAUUGAUGAAGUUAAUGCUGGAGGAGGAAAAAUUGCCAAUAAAUGUACAGGAAGGAUUUAGAAAAAUUUGUGAAAAUCGUAAACUAGCAUUUUACACGUCUGACAUUUUAAAAAAUAGCGUAAAUCAUAAAAUAACAUGCAAAGUUGUUCCUAUUGAAACAGGACGUGUCGAUACAUUUUCGAUGAUUUUAUCUAAAAACAAUCAAUUCACCGACGUCAUCAAUUUUCACUUACAGAAAUUUUUUAACGAUGGAAUGAUAAAUCGUUUAAAGAACGAGUUAUUUCAAAAUGGAUCGAAUGAUACGAUCAAACAUCAACCGGUUGACAUAACCAGUGUAAUAAUCCUUAUAUUCUUCAUCCUAAUUGGUAUUGUUUUAAGUAUUUGUAUUUUGUUCGUAGAAAGAUAUAUUUUUGCACGUAAAAAAAGGGAAAAGAUGUCGUUGUGCUUAUCGAUCAAUUCUUUAUAUCGAUUAGAAUGGCUAUUAAAUUAUUUUGAUGGAAGUGCAAUGUAA